UGUGCGGACGCCUCUGGCCUCCAUUCCAUAUAGAAUGUUGGAUUAGUAAUUUUGUGACAUGAAAUGGAUCUCACACCUCCUGUUAUUCUCUCCCAGGGUUGUGAAAGAGGAGAUUUCCGAUGACAAUGCCACACUUCCUUGCUUCAAUGGCAGAGUCGUCUCUUGGCUGGUUUCAGCAGAGGGUUCACACUCCGACACUGGCUCCACCUGCGCAGACAGUCAGUCUGACCUCCCGCCCCCCAUUGAACGAACGGGUGGAAUUGGGGAUUCCCGACCCCCAUCCUUUCACGCUAACGUGGCGGGCAGUCAGGACAACCUGGACAAUGAGACGGAGACCGAGUCCGUCGUGUCAUCGAGAAGGGAACGGCCCCGGCGGAAAGAGGUGCACGAACACGUGCCCAGGGUGAAUGGCCACACCAAGAUGGAGAGGAGACACGAGGUGGGCGGCUACGACAGCUCGUCCACACUGAUGAGCAGCGAACUGGAGUCUACCAGCUUCUUCGACUCCGAUGAAGAUGAUUCGACCAGCAGGUUCAGCAGCUCCACGGAGCAGAGCAGCUCCUCCAAGCUCAUGCGACGACACAAACGGCGGAGGCGGAAACCGAGGAUCCCGCGCAUCGAGCGGUCUUCGUCUUUCAGCAGCAUCACCGACUCCACCAUGUCUCUCAACAUCAUCACCGUCACUCUCAACAUGGAAAAAUACAACUUCCUGGGGAUCAGCAUCGUGGGGCAGAGCAACGAGCGCGGAGACGGCGGCAUCUACAUCGGCUCCAUCAUGAAGGGGGGGGCCGUGGCCGCCGACGGCAGGAUCGAGCCGGGAGACAUGCUGCUGCAGGUCAACGAUAUAAACUUUGAGAAUAUGAGCAAUGAUGAUGCUGUGCGAGUGCUGAGAGAGAUUGUCCACAAACCAGGCCCCAUCACGCUGACAGUCGCCAAAUGCUGGGACCCCACUCCACGCACCUGCUUCACCCUCCCCCGGAGUGAGCCCAUACGUCCAAUCGACCCAGCAGCCUGGGUAUCCCACACAGCGGCCAUGACUGGAGCCUAUCAGCCAUACGGUUUGAGUCCCUCCAUGAGCACCAUCACCUCCACCAGCUCCUCCAUCACCAGCUCCAUCCCAGAAACCGAACGGUUCGACGAUUUUCACCUGUCCAUCCACAGCGAGAUGGCCACCAUCGUCAGGGCGAUGAUGUCUCCCGAGUCCGGCCUAGAGGUGCGGGACAGGAUGUGGCUGAAAAUCACCAUUCCCAAUGCGUUCAUAGGCUCCGACGUUGUGGAUUGGCUCUACAACCACGUGGAGGGAUUCCCGGACCGCCGGGAAGCUCGGAAAUAUGCCAGCAACCUCCUGAAAGCCGGCUACAUCCGGCACACCGUCAACAAGAUCACCUUCUCAGAGCAGUGUUACUACAUAUUCGGGGACGUGUGCGGCAACAUGGCCAAUCUAACUCUAAACGAUCACGAUGGAUCGAGCGGGGCAUCUGACCAGGACACCCUGGCACCCCUCCCCCACCCCGGGGCAGCUCCCUGGCCAAUCGCUUUCCCCUAUCAGUACCCCCCCCAGCACCCCUAUAACCCACACCCACCCGGGUACCACGAUGUCACCGGAUACACGUAUGGAGGGGGCAGCGCCGGCAGCCAGCACAGCGAAGGGAGUAAGAGCAGCGGGUCGAACCGCAGUGGCAGUGAGCGGCGAGGAGGCGGAGGAGGAGGCGGUGGGGGGAAGGAGCGAGACCCCAAGCCGGGCGAAUGCAAGUCCGGGGGCAGCGGCAGCGAGUCUGACCACACCACACGGGGCAGCGUGCGGCGAGAGCGGGCGCCCAGCGAGCACAGUCACCACGGCAACAUGAGCGUCCGCAGUCACCACUCUCUGGCGGGCAGCGUGAGGAGCCAUCACACCCACCAGUCCUACGGUGCCCCCGGCCUGCCCCCCCUCUACACCCCGCCCGUGAUGAUGAUGCCCCCACAGUCUGCCAUGGCGCCCCCUGGUGCCCCACCUGUCCGAGACCUGGCCUCAGUCCCCCCAGAACUUACAGCCAGCAGACAGUCCUUUCGAAUGGCCAUGGGGAACCCUAGUGAGUUCUUUGUGGACGUCAUGUGACCUUCUUAAUUUUAUUCCCCCCCCCAAACAAUCCGCCUCUGCCCCCACCAUCACAACACACACACAUCCACACCCACUCCUCCUAUGUCUAUUGUACUAAUACAGAAGGAAGUAACAACUGACUUGGCACCUUGUGCGAUUAUGGAUGGACAAUAUGGAUCACCACUGAUGGAGAGUGUCAACCAGACUAUUUAUUCAGCACUAACUGUCCCGGGAGGUGGAUAUGUUCGGAUCUGUCUUGUCGUCGUUAUUCCCCCACUCCUCCCGCCGUUUAACCCCCAAUCCCCUCCUCGCCCCCCCACCCCCACCCUUCCCAUUGUAACUUUUGGGGGGUAGGGAGUUGGAGAAAAAAAAAAUUCUAUUGAGAAACACUUGGUAGAACUCGAGACUGUAAGCGAUUUGUGUCUUGUGUCUCCCCCCUCCCCCCUCCACCUCCCCACCCCCAUUGUGUGUGGGAAGGAUUUCAGGGGGAGGAUCAGGGAGAAGAGAAGGGGGAGAGGAAGAGUUGGAAGAAUUUUAGGAUUCCCCAAUCCCCGGAAAAACACUCAGACCGCCGUUCAACAAAGCCUUGAAGAAACACCGCAAGCCUUAUAUUUCAUGUAGCGAGAAACAAAGUGGGGGGGGAGGGCGGGGACACAGCACGACAUUGGAUUCACGUUGCGGAGCUACAGAAACUUGUGUGUGACACAGGCAGUGUGACAUGAUGAUCAUUUUGUCCAGUGGCUCAACAGUAAAACCACUUCAGGAAGGGGAGAGAGGGGUGGAGUAUGCCAAUGGUCAAAGCGUGAAACAGGUUCCCUUCCAGUACAUAAAGGUACAAUGUUUCUCUCUCGCUGGCGUAAGAGGACUGGACGUUGGGAGAGAUAACAUGCUUUGGUUAUGCCAACAGUCAAUGACUGACCUGGGCUUCGUUCUAGGAGACAAACUGCACUAAUCACUUACCGACCAUUUGGUCCAGAAUCAUAUUGAAUCUUAAGUCAAGAAAGAAAUAUAUCAUGUGGGAGAGAGAGAGCAACGUGAGGUUCUGAAAAUGAUCUUUUUUUUUGUAGCCGGAAGUUGCUUUUGUUGCUUUAAUAAAAUAGUCCUGGUUCAUUUCUUUGCCCAACUCACUGAUGGUUAAGCUCUGACAUUAACUGUGUGGGGAAUUGUAGGUAUUAUAUGUCUCAACCUAAGAUCUGAAAGGGAUGGUUUGACCUUGACAUUGUCACCUAUGCCAUUGACACUGAAUUUGCAACCUCCUGACCUGAUCUACUCUUCCAAUUGGGGACUAAUUUACCCCAUCUUUAAAUAUCAUUGUUCUCUUCACCCCCCAUUCUCUCCUCCUUUUCUGAAGGUUUCUGUUUUCUUCUUCUCUGGGGGGAGUCCACAAGUUCUCCGACACCUCCCGCCUGAUCAGUUUUAUAGUUAUAUUUGAUCCUUGAUGGUAACGCUCACAGCUAAAUCCAAUCCUAUCCUCAUUCAUCUCCUUCCCCUGUCCCCUUCCAGUUUAAUCUUGUAUUGAGCUAUGUGGAUAGAGUAAAAUGGUGGGAUUAAACAAAAGCUUGUUCUGGGAGCCAUUGGAGACUUGAAGGAUGAAUGGGCCCUUUUCUUAUGCUGCUAUAAUCUGACUCCCUCCUCUGUACCUCAUGCCCACACACAUACACAAUGAGUGAGAGUGGAAGGGAAUAUCUAGUUAGUGAUCAGCAGUGAGAAUCCUGAUCUCUUCCCCAACUCAGGUGCUAAGGUUAAUGCCUACCCUGACUGAGAUCAGUAACAACUGUCAGGCCUGAUUACUUCUAGACUUGGCAUAACCCACAAGCCCACUGGCUAAAGGCUCGAAAAAUAGCCAUUUGUUUUGUUACAUCUUUGUGUCGAGUGCUCAAGUGGCACAAAACCAACCCACGUUGUUCAACCUCAAGCCUUGAGAGCUUCAGCAAACUCCAACUCAAGGUCGUUCUUACUCCCUGUUGUUGGGUUGGGAACUUUGUGCCCAAGACACAAAGAUCUUGAGCCGUCCCAUUCUCUGCCAAACCACAAAACUAAUCCACAAGAUUCCCAACUCUUAUUGGAAGUGGGGGUGAAACAAGUCUGAUUUGAUUUUGUUGAAGCACCCUUACAUCCCCAUUCUUUCCCACCGACCCACUCCUUCCAGCCCACAUCCCAACCCAUCCCUCACAAUCGCCCCGGUUUCCUCCUUCGAUCAAAAGUUCUAACAGCGUACUGAAGACAAGCAUUUCACACAGCUGUUUGGUUCAGAAUGAAAUACAGUUCUCUCACACACUUCAGCUGCCUCACGUCAAACUCUUUUGCAUCAGAUGGCGUUAAAUUCUGGGGAUUUCUCCAAGCCUGUCGUGCUCUGAAUGCUUCAUUUUGUACAUAUUUAUUAAAAUCGAAGUGAUCUUAUUUAUAUUUAA